CAUUCGUUAGUUUUAAUUUCAAUUUCAAACUGACAAAAAAACAAACUGUUGACACAAGAAAACUCAAAUAAAUACCGAAUUUUCCACUAUAAUGAAGAAAAUUUCUCAAACAGAUAUUAAAAGAGACUCUGAAAAAAGUCCCCGCUUGAGUAAGCUAGCCAAUUUUUUCGCUCAAUCUAAUUUUGGUGCAGUGACUCGGGUUCGGAAGCUGUCGGAUGUAGAGGUAUGGAAGAGAUCGGUGGGCUAUCACAAAUUGAUUGCAUACAUCAACAAUACCAGCUCGGUGAUCCAGGGAAUAAGGCAGAGCGAUGAUUAUCCAGUGAGCGAGACCAUGUCACGUCUGCUUACUAUAUUUGAUAAGCUUGAAAAUCUAUUAGCUGCCAAUCCACCAAUAUAUAUGGCGGGUUCAAUCAAAGGCAGUCUGGAUAAGGAUCGACGUGGAAAUCCGGCUUAUCGCAAUUGGUCACGUCACAUGCUCCGUGAUAUAUUUCCAAUUCUUGAGCAGGCGGUGUCCAACAAGAACUGCAUUCACAUCAAUGAACUGGGUCAAUAUCUGUGUGAAUCAUUUGGCAACUCAACAAGAAUGUCCUAUGGAACGGGACAUGAAUUGAGCUUCCUCUUUUUUCUAUGUGCGCUAUUUGAGGCUGAGAUUCUUGACGAGGAUGACUUGGCAGCUUCGGCUCUAUUGCUCUUUGAUCGAUACUUGAAGUUUGUAAGGCGCCUGCAAGUGCUGUAUAACUUGUAUGCAGCGGGUCGGCAUGGAGCGUACUCCCUGGAUGACUUUCAGUUUGUCCCGUUUUUGUGGGGCUGUGCCCAAUUGAGCUACAAUGCACCAUUCGUUCCCAAUCGCAUGCUCGAUGCUGAUGUGGUCAGCGAGUACAAGAAGGAUUAUAUGCUAAUGGGGUGUGUGGGCCACAUAUCAGACACCAAAGAUGGCACUUUUGCAAUGCAUUCCUCGCAGUUGUGGUGCAUUGCAUCAUUGUCAUCAUGGAAUGAGCUGUAUGGCGGCCUUCUGGACAUGUACGACAAAGUGGUGCUCAGGCAAUUUGAUCUGAUGCAAUUGGCUCGUUUUGGUCAAUUGAUUUCCUUUGACAAAGUCAAACCAGGCGCAGUACUAAUCCAAGCCCAGCUUGGUGUUAUGUCGCCGCUGCAGCAAAAGAUACUUGAGGGCGAAGACGACGUGGAAGAAGAACAGAAUUGGGAGAACGCAGAGCCCACCAAAAAGAGUAUAAGGAAAAACAAGAAGAAACCCCUGCUUGAGAGCUCACCACCAAAAAGCCACAGUGCCAUAUCCAGUGGGGUCAGGUGCAGCUCUCUUAGUGAUAUUUGCGUAUAUCUACGCAAGAUAACCGACAUGGAAUCAUGUCCAAUUGAGGCAUCGUACAAGGAACCGAUUGCGGGUCAUUCUGAUGAUCAGAGAGUUAUUGUUUCUGUUUCCACUCCAAGAGUACAAGAAACAAUAUUUAAAUUUCAUACCCGUUUGGUCGAACCCUCAGAUAAUGAAUCCGAUUAAAAUACACACCACUUACAGUCGAGACAAUCAAAAACUAUAAGCUUAAAUUGUUUAGGUUUGGCUCACAAUAUCCAAAUUAGUUUUCACAAUUAAAGCGGAGUCCUUGUUCUAAGUAUA